AGACGCACCUGACAAGCCGGAAGUCGGUUGUCGGUUGACUCCUCGCGCACUGAGCUCAUCUCGUCUGCUGCUGUGAGACAUGGAGGCUGUGUUUCUCAUGUUUCUCAUGUUUCUCAUGUUUCUCAGCCACUACUGACAGCGGCACAGCUGAGAGUCCACUUCUAACAAGCAACACAACUUACAGCCCUCUUCAUAUCGAGCUGCCAGGUCAGGCGUGAACAUGGAGUCUAUGCUGAACAAGCUAAAAAGCACCGUCACCAAGGUGACGGCGGAUGUCACCAGCGCUGUCAUGGGCAACCCGGUGACACGGGAGUUUGAGGUUGGACGACAUAUUGCCAGCGGGGGUCCUGGCUUGUGCUGGAGGAUCUACAAUGGAACCAAGAAGUCCACCAAACAGGAAGUAGCAGUGUUUGUGUUUGAUAAGAAGAUGAUUGAUAAGUAUCAGAAAUUUGAGAAGGACCAAAUCGUUGAUUCGCUGAAAAAAGGGGUGCAACAGCUGACCAGACUGCGUCACCCGCGUCUCCUGACUGUGCAGCAUCCUCUGGAAGAGUCACGAGACUGCUUGGCGUUCUGUACAGAGCCGGUAUUUGCCAGUCUGUCCAACGUGCUGGGCCAGUGGGAGAACCUGCCUAGCCCCGUGCCCAGCGACAUCAAGGAGUACAAACUCUAUGAUGUGGAGACCAAGUAUGGCUUGCUACAGAUCUCGGAGGGUCUGUCCUUUCUCCACAGUGGGGUGAAAAUGGUCCACGGCAACUUGUCUCCAGAGAACAUCAUCCUCAACAAGAGCGGAGCCUGGAAGAUCAUGGGCUUCGACUUCAGCAUCUCCUCCACCAACCCCUCAGAUACCGAGCUUAAGUACACGUGUAAAGAGUGGGAGCCCAACCUCCCUCCGCUCUGCCUCCCCAACCCUGAGUACCUCGCCCCCGAGUACAUCCUGUCCGUCAGCUGUGACGCCGCCUCCGACAUGUACUCGCUGGGCGUGGUCAUGCACGCCGUCUUCAAUGAGGGCAAGCCUGUUUUCAAAGUCAACAAGCACGACAUAUUUAAGAGCUUCAGCAGGCAACUGGAUCAGCUGAGCAGCAUCAGUCCAGCAGUGUUGAACAAGAUCCCAGAGGAGGUUCGGGAACAUGUCAAAAUGCUGCUCAGCGUCACACCCAACGUCCGACCGGAUGCGGACCAGAUGACCAAGAUUCCGUUUUUUGACGACGUGGGCGCUGUGACCCUGCAGUACUUUGACUCCCUCUUCCAGAGGGACAACCUGCAGAAGUCCCAGUUCUACAAAGGCCUCCCCAAAGUCCUGCCCAAACUACCAAAGAGAGUGGUGGUGUAUCGAAUCUUACCCGCACUGACCUCUGAGUUUGUCAACCCGGACAUGGUUCCCUUCGUGCUGCCCAACGUGCUGCUGAUCGCAGAGGAGUGCACCAAGGAGGAGUACGUUCGCCUCAUCAUGCCGGACCUCACGCCUGUUUUCAAGCAGCAAGAGCCCAUUCAGGCUAGUAAUAUGAUCCUGCUGAUAUUCCUGCAGAAGAUGGACCUACUGUUGACUAAGACGCCCCCAGAGGAGAUUAAGAACAGCGUGCUGCCUAUGGUCCACAGAGCUCUGGAAGCUCCUUCUGUACAGAUCCAGGAGCUGUGCCUGAACAUCAUCCCGACGUUUGCCAACCUGAUUGACUACCCGUCCAUGAAGAACGCGCUCAUCCCUCGAAUCAAAUCAGCCUGUCUACAGACCUCUUCACUCGCUGUACGCGUGAACUCUCUGGUGUGUCUGGGGAAGAUUUUGGAGUAUCUCGACAAGUGGUACGUCAUUGAUGAGAUCCUGCCCUUCCUACAGCAGAUCCCCUCCAGAGAACCAGCAGUACUCAUGGGCAUUCUAGGAAUCUAUAAGUGCACCUUCAGCCACAAGAAGUUGGGCAUCCCCAAAGAGCACCUUGCCACCAAGAUCCUUCCUCACCUGGUCUCUCUUAGUAUAGACAACAACCUCAACCUUAACCAGUUUAACUCGUUCAUGGCGGUGAUACGGGACAUGCUGACUCGCAUGGAGAACGAACACAAGACCAAGUUGGAGCAGCUGCACAUCAUGCAGGAGCAGCAGAGGAGUUUAAACAUCACAAACCCAGGGAGCCAAUCAGAGAAGACUAAGAGCCCACCUGGCAGUGGCAACCAGAUUGAUGAUAUCUUUGGCAGCUCAGGGGUUAAUGGAAAAGAGAAUGGAUCAUCAUCAGCAGCAGCAGCAGCCCCACAGCCUAAUAGAAUGUCUCUGACUCUGGAGGAGAAGCAGCGAUUGGCUAAGGAGCAGGAGCAGGCAGCCAAACUGAGGAACCAGCAGCCGUUGGCGCCGCAGAGCAUCAAACCAGCCAACGCCACCAACGCAAAGACUAAGGAUCUGACAAGCAGCCUGCUCAACAGCAUGACAACCCUAAACAGCAUGUCGUUGGCCAACGCAGCGCGACCAGCCCCAGUGCAGGGCGCCACCAUGUCUGCCUUCCCCUCCUCCAGCCCCAUGGUGGGCUCCAUGGGCGCCCCGGUCUCCAACGGCUUCAACUCACCCAUGGGCUUCCAGACGGGAGGCAUGGGGAUGGGCAUGCGGCCCGCAGGCCCCGGCCUCUACGGCGGCAUGGCCACCACCACCAGCACCCCAAACUUCGGAGCCCUCACGCAGACUCAAGGACACAUCGGGCAGACGAAUAAAGCCCCCGACUUGUCGGCCUUGGACAGUCUUUUUACACCCAACCAGCCCAAAGUCACCCUCAACCAAAUGGGUCCAAAGGCGACGCCCGGCGCCAACAGCCCUUGGCUCAAUCAAUACGGCGCAGCCCAGAACGCUCAGACUCAGAUGCAGGGUGCACCGGUGGCGAUGGGAGGAGCGCCCAGCGGCUUCGGGAUGCAAGCGAACCCUUUUUUCAACCCGCAGAACUUUUCUCAACCUGCUGCUGCACCUAGCAUGAACCAAAGUGGAAUUAAACAUAGCGCAUCUGUCAACAAUGAUCUGAAAGACUUAUUCGGCUAAAUUAAAAAAAAAAAAAAAAAAAAAGUUCAAGUAUAUUCUUUUAAUAACUUUGGACAGAAGAGCCUUGAAUUCUCACAGAACAAGACGCUGAUUGAAUGUGACUAUUUCAAAAACCUCUCAAAAGGUGUGUAUUUUGAAUACAACCUGGUAUAAAUUUGAACUCUCACUCACAUUCAGCUGGUAAAUUAACCUUUCACCUGAAUUUCUACUUGACCAGAAGGACAAAAGGUUGGGGCACGCGGGGAACUACUUCUUCUAUGCUGUGUUCUUUAAAUGCUGGGGGUUUCCUACGGUUUUGUACUUGACAUUCUCGGGCGUCCAAACGUCGUGGGUUGAGAUUUAAUCCCAACUCAGAUUUAUUCAGGAAGGCUUUGUGUUCAUCUCAUGAAUGAUUGAGUGGAUGGUGUGGAUUUCACUUCACUGAACACGUUGCAUCAGAAAACACCCCCUCAAAAAUUGGCAGAAAAAAAAAAGAAGGAAGGCUUCACAUCUGCUCAAUUUCAGGCUUCCGUGUCUUUAUUGCCUCUCCAGACUAUUUUAGGAUUCGCUGCAUGUCUAAAGUGAUCAGAGGGUUGGCUUAAAAACAAACAAAAUGUCUGAGCCCAGUGGUCGGUAGCUUGAAGUGUAGCACUGACGAGCCUGCAGUCACUGAUCUGCAUCCAGGAGGCUCCUCCGUGGAGACGAUGUGAGCGGGGGUGUAGAAAAUUGACGGUUCAGACGGUGGGGGGGGGAAGUAGCCCCACUGCAGUCCGUCUCCAUGGUUUCCAUGCAUCACCAGAAACCUCCAUUUGUGAACACAAACUGGACUCAGUCUAGUCUCAUUCUUUUAUCAUCAGGUUCCAAUGCUUGCUUUUUUUUGCGUUACUUAAAGGACCAAUAUAUAAUAUACUUUCUAUCAGUCACACGGGAGGAGCGGACGGGCCAAGGCUCCAAUGUUUUGAAUUUGGACUGCCGUUACCCGUUUUAAAACGCUAGACGUCAGUGCUACAUAACGCUCCUUUUAAUUUGACAUCGAAGCAAGCAUGUUGAAAAGGGAAGGGUUAGUUUAGUCUGGUUGUUGACGACCAUAUCACCUCCUUUUGGUAACAAAAACAAAUUCUGUAAAUGCAGUAUGAAUGAUUCAUCUGUGUCUUAUAGUGGAAUAGGGAUGUGGAGUGGCUAUUACAGCAGUGCCCUUUUAAACAAGAUGCUAAAGGCGACAAACAAGGACCACAUGCACUGCUUAGGCUGUCGUGCCUUACAUGGGUACACGAGUAGGACUAGACACACUCAUCUGUUACUCAAGUAUUAAUAUGUUUUUUUCUUUUAAUCAGCUCUCCGGCUUUGUUGCAUGUUACUGAACUUGACCACAAAAGAUCUAUAAUUAGAUUAUUUUUAGCAUCUUUUCCAAUAACGAUUCCAUUUUAUUCACACAUCCAGCGGGAUUUGCUGAUUUUUAAGGGUCUCAAAAUCCUCCUGCGCUCCAUUUCUGUUGACCAAUUUGUACAAUGAUGGAGAUUAUCACUAUAUAUUUCGAUUUCAGCACUUUUCAGCUGUCCGAGGGACUUGUGCUGGUGACAUAUUAUUAUUAUUAUUAUUAUUAUUAUUAUGAAGUGUAAAUAUAUAGCUAUUUAAAGAUGGCUUGCUCUGUGAGGGCCUUGGCAUUUUGAUGUCCGCGUGAUAAUGGUAAUGGUAAAGAGGCCUUAGAUGAGUCGUGUGCAAUAAUCCUUAUUGGUUGUUAAGGGUGCACGUCGAUUGGCUCCAGCAGCCGUCGAUGCGUCCUUACCUUCAUCUCCACCGACCUACAGUACACAUGGGUCUGUCAGAUUUUCUAAACAGCUGUGUACUCAUUCUAAAUCUUACAUUUUUUGAAGAUGAUUACACCAUUUUAGGGUUUUUAGAUGCACCUCGGUCACACUGUGUUUCCGCUGACAAUGAUUGUUGUAACGUCUGUUAUUGGAUCAACUUUAGUUUUUGUGUAAUAAUAAUGCCACCGAUACACGGUGAGCUCUCUCCAGCUGCAUGGCGGUGUUACUCGCUAGUGAAUUUGACUCUUCAGGUUCUGUUCAUGUCCCCAUUUUUUGUCACACGGGUCUACAAAAUGUUUCCGCAAUUGGAGCUUUUUUUUCAUCCGUAGAGUGCAGUUUUGACUUCAUCUCAAAGUGGAUGUGAUCUGUGAAGCGUGCGUCACAUAUCCCGGCAGAACCCCAAAGCAGAAAAAACUAAAGCUUAUUCUUCUACAAGAUUGUUUGUAUACCACUGCUGUCAAUAUAUGUGAAGUGUGGCCCCUUUGUUUUAUGUGUUGAAGGUGCUGGUCUCUGAGGUGGUUCAAUGAAAAUCUGUACAUAUAAAGGAAAGUACACAAUCGUAA